AUGGCAUGGAAGCUCACUCAAAAUAUAUUCAACAUGACUAGAAAGAAAAUUAGGCAUGUUGAAAUUCCUAGUGAGAUUACAAGAAAAUCCAUCCUCAAUAAAAGACGAGAGAGCUUGUUCAAAAAAGCUAAUGAGCUUUCAACAUUAUGCGAUGUGAAUGUUGCACUUAUUGUUCAGGAUCUUAAACAAAAUGAUGAAGUAUUAUGGCCAUCUCAUGAGGACGUUGAAGAAAAAGUAAGAAGAUUCAUCAACAUGCCUGAUUUUGAGAGGUAUUCAAAGUCCAAAACUCAAGCGAAUUAUUUAUCUGAUCUUGUCGAGAAUAAAUAUCAAAAUGUUGCAAAGUUUUCAAAAAAGAAUGAUCAAAGAGAGUCUGGGAAUUAUAUAUUUAAACUCUCAAAUCAAAGUAUUACAGCAGAAAAAUUUGACAUGAGGCAGACAAAUGGUUUGAUCAACUUGUUCUCUAUUGUUACCAAUAUGCUCGGGGAAAGGAAACAAGAAUUUGACAAGUUGAAGCAAUAA